AUGGAUUGGAGCAACGUCACUGCGGAGGAUCUGAUCGAGGCAUUGCGGGAAGUGGACUGGUCAUCGCCGCCCCGGCCUCUCUCUGAAUUCUUUUCCCGGUUCACCGUCCCCCGUACAGUCUCUAAAUGGGACAGUCGCCUCAAAUGCAAUCUCUACUACUAUCGGACCAAUUAUUUCAUAAUGAUUGUGUUUAUUCUUGGGAUGGGAUUUCUCAGGAGGCCACUUGCUAUUGUUGCAGCAUUGAUGACUGCUUUAAGCAUUGCUUGUCUGAAUGAUAGCUUUGCAGGUAUUUUUAGUGAAAAGGUGACAAGAACUGUUAGACAGUUUUCUCCACAUUUAGCUGCCAAAAUGAGACCUCCUCUUAGGCCUGUUAUUCGUGGGCGCCCAUCUGCCAAAAGAGCAAUCUAUAUAUGUGGACAGCCUCGUUGGGUAUUUGUUUUGGUAUUCUCCAUAGUGAGUUUCAUCCUAUGGUUUGUUUCUUGUGCCCUUCUCACUGUCUUGUUGGCAUUUGCUAUUGGCCUUUUAGCCACCAUUGCACACGCAAGCUUCAGGCUUAUGGGAAGUAGCACACAUGGGGCAUUGUUUUGA